UCCAACAGAGUGUGCAGAAGAAGAAGAGGCUGACAGCAGAGAGCGAGAACACAUCGAUGAGUUAGCUGUUAUUACGGACUUAUCCCCACUUCUCUUUAACAUUUGACCAAACUCCACAGCCAUGGAGUUGUCUGAAAUACUGUACAACAAAGCGGAGUACAUUGAGACGGCUUCUGGCAACAAAGUGAGCAGACAGUCGGUGCUGUGCGGGAGUCAAAACAUCGUCCUCAAUGGCAAAACUAUUGUCAUGAAUGACUGCAUUAUCAGAGGGGACCUGGCUAAUGUCAGGGUGGGCAGACACUGUGUGGUGAAGAGCCGGAGUGUCAUCCGUCCACCUUUUAAAAAGUUCAGCAAAGGAGUGGCGUUCUUCCCGCUGCACAUCGGAGACCACGUCUUCAUCGAGGAGGACUGUGUGGUCAAUGCAGCACAGAUUGGUUCCUAUGUCCAUAUUGGCAAGAACUGUGUCAUAGGUCGUCGCUGUGUGCUGAAGGACUGCUGCAAGAUCUUAGACAACACCGUACUCCCUCCUGAGACAGUGGUGCCACCUUUUACCGUCUUCUCCGGAUGCCCAGGUCUAUUUUCAGGAGAGCUCCCAGAGUGCACGCAGGACCUGAUGAUUGAUGUAACCAAGAGCUACUACCAGAAGUUCCUGCCUCUCAGCCAGAUCUGAGUCCUGCCCCAAGACCUUGAGCAGGAUCCACAUCCUUUCCAGCCAGUUCCAGGUCAGGAUCAGGGUCUCUCAUCAGACUGGAAUUGACUCUGAGAUCUCACCUUCUAUCCUUCUGCCACUAAGUUUCUCUGCCCACAGAAAAACAUUUGGUCCUAUUAAGAACCCUUAUAUGAUUCUAGUCUUAGUAUGAGAAAAGCACACAAUGAAUAAAACGUGACACAGCUGCAGUAGUUUGUACGUUUGCAGCUCCAAAUUGCAGAGAAAAGUCUUACAUCCAAAAGGUUUUAGGUAUGUUUUGAGUUGUGAUUUUCCAAUGAUGUCCAUGCAGUCUGCUCAGUGUGCUGUGGAGAAACUCAAGGACCUUUUGUGUGGCUCGCUUCGCUCUCUGACAGCAGCAGUAGGUGAAGAUGAGGAGGAGCUGUGAGAGGAAGGAGAUGAAGGGUGGAGGAAUGUGGGAACACACAGCUUGUAAAAUACCACCCAUGGACCAAAACAAUAGCGACAACAGUUGUUUGAGGAUGUUGGCUGUAUAUUAUUCAUGUCCACAGAUCAUUUGGGCAACAGAGCAGUACACUGCUGUUUUAGUCUGUCGUAUUCUUGAUUUUGAAGAACGUGUUUGUUUGAUUCCUUCUUCACCGGCUUGUCAUUUGUCAUAAAACUUAAUUUAAUACUAUUUUCUAUUUUUAUUUUGUGUUUAAAAUGAUCAACUGCAAUCCUAAAGGUCCAGUGUGUAACAUUUAGGAGGCUCUAUUGGCAGAAAUAUAAUAUUCAUGUUUUUAUUAGUGCAUAAUCAUCUGAAAACAAGAAUUGUUGUUUUCGUUACCUUUUAAUAAGCUGUUAUAUUAAACGUAAGCAGGUCCUCUUCUACGGAGUAUGAGGUGAUUCUACGGUAGCCCAGAACAGACACACCAAACACUGGCUCUAGAUAGGGCCUUUCAUGAGUUUCCUAGCCUCUUUCUUUCUUGGUUCUUGCGGCUAGAUGCCACUAAAUCCUACACACUGGCCCUUUACUUUAAACAUGUCGAUGUGUGCAGGACAGCCCUCUGUGCUCUGAUGCCUUUGUUAUUUUCUGUGAGCACACAAAAAACCAGGGCCAACACUUAAAACACUGCAGCAAAUAAAUAAAUAUAAACGCAAAUCUGUCUCAAGUUGCCUCGGCUCUGUCUUCUGUAUGUUUAUGUUGCGGAUAUGAAGGCUGAGCUGUCCAUUAAUUUUGGAAUUUUCUUCAUUUAAAGGUACCUCGUGGAGCUAAUGUUUCUAUGAGUGGGUCUCUGUAAUAUCCUGGAGCAUAACAGACAUUACUGUUGCCAGUUUUAUGCAAUUCUGCUGACUGUCAUUUGAUGGUGAUAAUAGGCAAAAAGUCGAACAAACAUAUUGAAUGCAUUUCCUUUCACAUACAAGGUUUCAAUGGCUCAACGUUUAAAUCCUGCAUUGUUUACAUCCAUAUUUACUUGCUGGCAAUCUUAUUCUUCUCUGCCUUUGUCGGCGCAUUACUGCCACCUGUUGAUCCGUGGCAUAGUGUGAAACCAUUAGCUGGACAUUUAUAAUGUGACCCACUUGCAAGUGCAUUUUGCAUAAUACAGCCAAACAAAUCAGGGACCCUCAAAUAAAAAAUAAUGCCGUUUAAAUACAAAAGUAAACCUUUAAGACAAUACAUACUCUUAGAGACAGACUCACAAUGGCAGUUUUCAUCAGAACAGGGUAAAAUAAACUUUACAGGCUUGUUUUCCUACAUUUCCUCAUCAUAGACCCUUUGCAUGUAGAAAAAGUGAGUUUUUCUAAUGCUGUUUUCUGGCACCCCCUACUGGCCCAACACAGAGCUUCACUCUAACAGAAAUGUUGCCCCUCAUCAUGUCAUCUCUGUGAGCCUUGAAUAGCUCAGUGCAGAAAUUGUCACCUCUUAAAAGGUGUGAAAAGGUCUGCUUACAAUAUUUCUAAUGCAUGACUCAAGCAUUUGUCUUCCUACCCACCUGUAAACAUCAGCUAAAUCAAUGAUCUGCACAAUGACUUAUCUUAAAGGCCCCUUCAACAAACAUACAAAUCUUUAGGGUUUUUUCAUAGGGCAUUGUGAAAUAUGUACAUGUUCAACCUCUUCUUUGACAAAGAACAGAAUCAAAUACAGUACAAAAAGGCAAAUUAUACCUUUAUAUUUAUUUAUACUUUAUAUUCAAUGUUUAGUUAUACCUGCUUACCGUUCCUCAUUUGCAUGUCACAAGUCUGUAUAUGUGCAAACAGCAAGGAAUGGAAAAAAAAUAAACUAUUUAAACUGAGUGAUCACACGAGCAAAUGUGACUUGCCCGUACUUCUUUUCCAAAAGUUAAAGAGCUGCAAGUUGACAUAAAUGGCUGUGUUAACAUAAAGAACCCUGAUGGAUUCAAUGUUAAGCGAAUACAUUUUUUUAAAAAGCAACCAAAUAAAACAAAACUCUCCAUUUUCUUUUUUUUUUUUAAUGAAACAUAGUCCAUCCAAUUGCAACUCAAUGGUUUUAUUUCUUUUACAAUGUGAACCACAUAUAUCAUACCAACAAUUAAAUGUUAAGUAUAUAGAUUAGCCAUUUAUUACUUUUUAAACAAAUAAGUAUCAAGAAAUAGCUGAUAAUAGUGUUGGCUCCAGAGACACGUGGCAUGAGUCAGCCUUUUGAAACAAUGUGGAUGAAGGCCGGUGACUGGCUCAGGGGAAGAAAAGAAAAACACAAAGUGCCCCUCCGCCCCUCUAUUAUAACCAGGAUAAUCAGUGAGGGUCAACGCUGCAGGUUCAACAGUGGAUUGGAAAGACAGCACAAUCUUGCUUGUAGCCAACUCUUUAGAAAAAAACAACUAUCUAUGGAUAGUCUUAAUUUUGGUACAUUUUUCCUGUCAGCAGACACUUUACAUAUUCCCUGUAACUGACAUGUUGUCAUGCAACAGACACACAUGGAGGUUGUAACUACUCUUUUGUAACCAAACACACCAUUUGGUUUCAGCCAAUGUGGAGUGUUAAGACACAAAAUAGUGAUGUCCGGUGUCUGGAGAAAGAAAACUAAAAUAUUCUAAAUGCAUUCUUCUGAUUUAAUGAAGAGCGUGUGGACGGGCUAUCAGGUCAGUUCAUCUCCAAUCCUCUGUCGGCCCUGACACCAUAUCCUUCCAUGAGCACUCUGCGAGGUCCCAGAGCCUAAGACUCUGACGGACACUAAGUGUGACUUUUAGGGCGAAGUUCCUAUUCAAGAAACAUGGAUCCUUCCUAUGUUACAUUAUUCAUCAGACCUGUGAUAGCUGAAGCUAACCAGAACUUUCAAGACAUUUGCUUUUUUUUUUUUUCUUUGCAAAAGAUUAAUUUUUAGAGACCAACUUGGCCUCAACAUGAAUUACUCGUUGGCCCUCUUUCACAGUAAUCAAAUACUCUUUGUAGGCAAAUAAAAUCUCCCUUAAUACGAGGUUUAUAUUUUCAUCAGUCUAAUUCAGUGGUUUGCAAGGAGAAACUCCUGAAUGCACAACUCUUAACAAAUCUCAGCCUGGUUCUUUUCUUUCACCGACAAGCCAGUAAUCAUGUAUGAAUAUAAAAGCCAACCUAUAACGCAAAAAUGAAAUCUGUGACCAAAAUGUAACAGAAGUUAAAAACUGGCAUGCUUUAUACAACAAAAGAAACCCCACUUUCCAGGUCAUAAAGGUGAACGGGAGUGAACAAGUUAA